AUGGCCCUUAACGGAGCACAGUCGGCCGCUGACCGACUCCGGGAGUUUGUCCGCGUGGAAGAUCAAGAUGGCGCAGGCUCCCGCUCACCACCUCCGGACGAGAUUAGAGAUGGCCCUGCACAUGAAGAAGCGGAGUGUGCAGCUACAGAGCCGUCCUUGAAACAGGUCACCGAGCAAUUUUUGCAAGCGAUAGCUACCUGCCGCUCAUCAAUGGUGGGCAAGCUGGAGGAGGUGAAGGUGGAUAUAGGCCUACUACGCCAUGAUAUGCAGGCCAUGUGUGAACGCAUUAAAGAGACCGAAAAUAGGAUCUCAGAGGUGGAGGACCGUAUACAACCGCUCCCCGCAAAAAUUCAAGAGCUGGAGCAGAAAGUAAACUUCUGGCAGCAAAAAUGUGACGACUACGAGAACCGCACAAGACGCAAUAAUUUGCGGAUCAUCUGUUUACCUGAAAAAUCUGACGGUAAUAACUCAUGUGCAUUCUUCACCACCUGGCUCCGUAACACCUUCCCAGAGGCGACAUUCUCAUCGGCCUUCAUUGUUGAGCGUGUACAUCGUGUUCCCGCCAAACCCCUUCCACCGGGGGCUCCUACAAGACCUCUACUGGCGAGAUUGUUAAACUCUACGGACAGAGAUCAUGUGCUGCAAAUGGCGCGUAACAAGCAGGAGCUGAAGUAUGAUAACAACAACGUCAUGAUCUUCCUGGAUUUUUCGGCCGAAUUACAGAAAUGCAGGGCAACAUUCAGCACGGUGAAAAGAAGACUCCCGGAGCAGAACUUGCCCUACUCUAUGGCUUAUCCUGCUCGAUUAAGAGUGGUGGAUGGGGAACUAAUCAUCACAAAGGAUGGAAUGAUUAAGCCCAUAGUUUGUCAGAGCGGGAAAUGUAAUCAGGUUAUUCAGCGCCUCCGGUACCCAGCGGCGUUACCCACGCUAUUGUCUUCUCCGUCGAUUCCUCCAUCAGCCACGGCCUUCGGUCCGCGUUCCGUUUCCGUCACCUUCCAGUCCGUGUCCUACGUCAUCCUGUCUUCAUCUCAGCUGCUAGAUCAUUCUUAUCUCACCCCUGUCCAGCUGUCAGGUCCCCUGUUACAUGCCACCAUCAACAGCCUGUCCUUUUCGGUUCUGGACGUUCAAAAUAUACUGUCAGCAGUGGAAUCAAGGCACUUGGCAGUCGACCCUCCCGAGAGUCCUUCCGUUCCAGCUCCCCCACCUCAGUCUACCUCCCCAGGUAGGGUUUCCAACCUCUCCGAGAUAGCUCCAGCUCACUUCAUCACAGAUAGCAUCCAAAAAGACAUUCUGGAGGGCAAAGAUGUUAAUUUAGCCGCCAUCUUGAUAGCCACCCACGAUACCGUAGAGAACAAGACAAUAGCUUGUGAAAACAUUUCCAUUGUCCUAAAAUCCAGGGACGCUCGGCUGAACAAAAAACUCACCGUUCCCGAGUUUGUCCUGGUUUUUAGCCUCUUCAGGGACAUAGUUUGCACCGCCCACCCCGAAAGAAGAGAGGAGCUGCACUUGUACAUGUAUAGAGUCACCGACCUGGGGUAUAAAUCUGGAGGAUUCGCAUUCUACGACUACCACCGCUCCUUCUCGGCCAAAGCCGCCGCAGCUCUGGCUCAGUACCAGCGGGUCACCAACUGGGCGUGUCUGGACAUGGAACUUUUCUGCCGGCACUUCGCCGGUUUAAAAGCCCCAGCCUGCAGCUCCUGCCAGUCUAUCCUCCACACCUCCGAUUGGUGUCCCUCCGUCGGCCAACCAAUGGCUCCCAGCAGGCCCACGACCGGCACCCAAGUUCCGGUAGCCCCGUCCAAAAUCGAGGGACCCGCCGCGGUAGUCACCUUUUUCGGUAUCGUGCUCGAUACAGAGAAAAUGGAAGCUAGACUACCAUCCGAUAAGCUUCUCAAAAUCGGGUCAAUCAUCGCACAGUUCACAGGCUCCCACGUCCUCACCAAACGAGAGCUGCAGUCACUCCUCGGCAUGUUAAAUUUCGCCACAAGGAUCAUGCCCCAAGGGAAAGCUUUCAUGUCCGGGCUUCUAGACUUAUUACCAUCAGCUCCUGAGCAGGACUCCACGGUGUUCUUGGAUGCCCAGGUACAAUGCAUGUCUGGCAAGUGGGAAAUUAACACCCCUGAAAAUCAAAAUGUGUUGGACUUGGACAUUAAAGUUUUAAUUGGCACUGUUACGUUUUGCAAUAAAGAUGGCGGAGAAAUUAAUCAGACAACUUAUUUUUCCAUGUGUGAUGUGUGCGAAGGAUAUAUCCCUUACAAAGGAGACUGGGUAAAAGCAGAGUAUUUCAUCAAUCCAUCUUCAUGGAAUAGUGAAGCAAUUUCAGUAAAGCCUCUGAGAUGUAAACGAGUAGACCAGGUGAAAAUCUCUGCUUUCUAUGGGAUGAGUGGGGUAAUUGAUGACGGUAUAUUCUUCACAAUGGAUGCUGUAAGACUUCCAGAAGGCUACAAACCCCAGCGAAAUGACCUGGUUAAUGCAGUAGCAGUAGAAAGUAACCAGUCGUGUUAUGUGUGGAGAGCACUUUGCAUGGCCCCAACUAAUAGAAAUGGAACUUUACCUGAUCAUGAGGAUACAGGCAGUCAGCAUUCUGCUGUUUUGAUGAUGAACAAAGGAGGUUUGGAGGUUUCCAGGAUGACUAAUUUAGGAGUGAUCAAGCAGGGACAGAGUAAAUCUCUGACAAUUUCCAUACAGAAUAAAGGAAAUGAUGUUCAUUCAUUGGUCGCUUGCAAAGUAGCAGGUUUGGAGAAACAGAACAAAUUCAAGUUUGUAAUGUCUGCUGCUAAAUCAGAUUUGAGAACUCUCCCUAUUUACAAUGGAUCAAAUGACUUGGAUGUAAGCAAAGAGGAAGUGUGUGGGUCUUCAAACUCUAGCAAUAAUGAGGCAUUGGAGAUUCACCCUGGAGAAAAGAUCUUCAUUGCAGUCAAUUGCGAAGCAAGAAACCCAGGCCGCUGCAAAGAACUCGUGUUACUUUGUUUCCAAGAUUUCGUAAUUGGACGCUACAUUGAAGCCACUGUUCAAAGUGAGGAAGAGUUCUUAUUGCUUCCACCUAAGGAGUUUUCUUCCAAGGACAAGACAAAUGUUAAAGAAUUAGAACAAAACCAUAAUAUUCAAGUAGUCCUGUCUGCACCAUCUAAAAGACCAUCUAGAAGGCAGCUUCCAAGUUUUAUUCCAAUGUACCCGGUACCUGCAAGACUUAAGACAUGUGUGGAGCAGAAUAUGAAUGUACUGGCAAUUGAACCUUGUAUUGGAGAAUUGCUUACACUGUCAAAUUAUCGAAAGAAAAUGUCAACUUUACUUUGGCUUGAGGAUAUCCACAAUGAGAUAGAAAUAAAAGAUUUAAGCCUUAGUGGCGUUUGCUUACAGAAACGUGGUGGAUAUUUAGUAUUGGAAGUGCCUGGUAUUUUAGAAGGAAGACCCUCCCUAUUUCCUGGUGACAAGGUCCUGUUGAAGUACCAGUUGUAUAGCACUACAGCGGUAGAAUUUGUUGGCACUGUUGCAGAAAUACACGUUGAGGAAGUGGCACUGCGGGUUCAUUCAAAUUUGGAGCAGUCCUACAGCUAUGAGCCGAUGGAAGUAGAGUUCACCAUAAACAGAACCACUAGCAGAAGGUGCCAGUUUGCUGUAGAACAAGCGGAACAUCUUGGACAAGCUGAAACUGUGGUAUUACAGUCGCCUCAAGUCAGCACACCAGGGAUUGACGAGCAGGACCACAUGCACAGGAAAGAACAGAGAGUCACCCAGCAGGAAAAUCAGCAGCACAAACCAAAUGCUCGAGAGAAGAAUGCAAUAUCCAUGAGUGAUAUGGUGACAGUGGCUACACAGACUAACAGCCAAGGUAAUAAAACCCCAAUGAAGAAAAUGUCCCAGUUCUUCAAUCCAUUGUUAAACGAUCACCAGAAGUUGGCAGUAACUAGAAUACUGAGCGGAGACUGCCGCCCUACUCCCUAUAUUCUCUUUGGGCCUCCGGGUACCGGAAAAACGGUUACAGUCAUUGAAGCUAUUCUACAGAUUCAUUGUGCUUUGCCGGACAGUCGUAUUUUGGUAUGUGCCCCCUCUAACAGUGCUGCUGAUCUAGUGUGUCUGCGGCUUCAUGAAAGUGGCCAUUUGGAAAAUGGUAGCAUGGUGAGGGUGAAUGCUUCCAGCCGUCAAGAAGAGACAAUUAAUGACCUAGUGAAGCCGUACUGUGGACCUGGAGAAGAUAUUCAGAAAGCCUCUCGAUUUCGGAUAAUAAUUUCUACAUGCAGCAGUGCAGGAAUGUUCUACCAGAUAGGUUUGAGAGUUGGACACUUCACUCAUGUAAUCAUUGAUGAAGCUGGACAAGCCACUGAACCGGAGUGUCUUAUACCUGUAGGUUUAGUAUCAGAGGUUACUGGCCAGAUCAUUCUUGCAGGAGAUCCUAUGCAGCUUGGACCAGUGAUAAAGUCAAGAAUGGCUUUGGCAUAUGGGCUUAGUAUAUCAUUGUUGGAAAGGCUCAUGGCGCUUCCAAUAUAUUUAAGGGAUGAAGAAACAUAUGGUGCUUGUGGAAACUACAACCCUUUGCUGAUCACAAAACUGAUGAAGAACUACAGAUCACAUGCAGCCUUGCUUCAUCUCCCAUCCAAGCUGUUCUAUCAUAAGGAAUUAGAAGUCUGUGCAGAUCGGGCUGUUAUAAACCGUCUCCUGAAAUGGGACAAGUUGCCCAAGAAAGGUUUUCCUUUGAUUUUCCAUGGUAUCAGGGGAACGGAAAUGAGGGAAGGAAGCAAUCCAUCCUGGUUCAAUCCAUCAGAAGCCGUGCAGGUCAUGAGAUACUCCUGUAUACUUGCAAAGCAUGUUACCACAUCAGUAUCAGCCAGAGACAUUGGAGUGAUUGCACCCUAUAAGAAACAGGUUGAGAAAAUUCGAACACUUCUGCGGACUGUUGACUUGAUGGAUAUCAAGGUGGGCUCUGUUGAAGAAUUUCAAGGUCAAGAAUUCCUAGUAAUCAUUAUUUCAAUGGUGCGAUCCUGCGAAGAUUCAAUUUAUAAGGAUUCUAGAAGCUUGCUGGGAUUCCUCUGCAAUCCAAAACGAUUCAAUGUGGCAACAACUAGACCAAAGGCCCUGCUGAUUGUACUUGGAAACCCCCACAUUCUUAUGAAGGAUCCGUGUGCAUGUGCACUGCUUGAAUACAGCAUUAUAAAUGGAGCAUACACUGGAUGUAAUCUGCCUCCUGCUCUGGAAUCCCUACAGCAGUGCGAUUAAUAGCUUCUCGCAGAAAGGCAGAUUUGGCUGCCAUCCAUCCAUCGCCAUCCAUUACUCAAUGCUCUACAUUUCCAAAAUUGAGGUUUUGACAUUUUGCUCUGGAAAUAUUAAGGUUGAAAAUAAUAUUAAUGUAUAGGCGUGAUAUACCUUUUAUUUUUUGUUUCUACUUUUGAAUGAAAAUCCUUUUAGGGGCCGUGUCUUUUUCUUGUCCACAGAUCCCAUCAUGUAUAUUAUUCUACGUAGUAAUCAUUGUUCUGUGCUUUCAUAGCUAAACUGUUUAGCAAUGUUUUUUACAAUUACAUUAAUCCAGUGAGUCACAAAGAGAAAUAUAUACCUUUGCAUUAAUGUAUACUGUAAGUGAUUAGGAAAACGUACACUUAUUACGGCAGUGGACACUACUGCCUCCUU